AUGGCCGACCGGGCUUUCGAUCUGGCGGCCGCCGCGGCCGAGCUGCAAGCUGACCCGGCCGCCCAUGCCCGGAAAAGUCCCGCCGACGAAGACGGCGACGACGGCGGCGUGUCCCUGGCACGGCAGCUUCAGACGCCAUCCCCGUCUCCGCUGUCGACGCCCCGGCCACAGCAGGCACCACACACCACAUCCGCUCCAGCACCCCCGCCAAGCACAGCGACACACACCGACGAGGCCGUCCCGCUACGGCCGCGCACGUCCACAUCCACCGCCGAGAUCGACAGCACCAUUGCGCGGCCCGGUCCCGUGCGCAUCAAUGUCAAGGGUGCCUUUAUUGUCGACGAGGAGCCGGCGAACGGCAAUGGCAGCGCCAACGGAAGCCGGUCGCCGACGGGGUCCGUCCGCGGCGCCGACCAGCGGUCACAACGGACGGCGUCGGGCUCGAGCAGCGACUCCGUCCACGGCCCGGCCUCCGCCCCCGGCCGUGCGCACUCGCCCUCCGAACACCACCCGACGUUCGACAUCCGCCUGCCCAACCACCACGCCGUCGUCUCCCACAUUGCCGUCGACAUUGGCGGCACCCUGGCCAAGGUGGUCUUCUUUUCGCGCGAAGCCCAGUCGACCGAGCCCGGCGGCCGCCUCAACUUUACGUCCUUUGAGACGGACAAGAUUGACGACUGCAUUGACUUUUUGCUCGAUCUCAAGCAGCGCCACAUGGACUCCGAAAACGGCGCCCGCUCCAGCGAGCUGUGCGUCAUGGCGACCGGCGGCGGCGCCUACAAGUACUACGACCGCAUCCGCGCGCGCAUGGGCAUUGACGUUUUGAGCGAAGACGAGAUGGAGUGUCUGAUUAUGGGCCUCGACUUUUUUAUUACCGAGAUCCCCCGCGAGGUCUUCACCUACUCCGAGACCGAUCCCAUGCACUUUGCCGCGCCCAGCGACGACAUCUACCCCUACAUGCUCGUCAACAUUGGCUCCGGCGUCUCCAUGCUCAAGGUCUCGGGCCCCCACAAGUACGUGCGCGUCGGCGGUACCUCGCUCGGCGGCGGCACCCUGUGGGGCCUGCUGUCCCUGCUGACGGGCGCCCGCUCCUUUGACGAGAUGCUCGAGCUGGCCUCGCGCGGCGACAACUCGCGCGUCGACAUGCUGGUCGGCGACAUAUACGGCACCGACUACGGCAAGAUCGGUCUCAAGUCGACCGCCAUUGCCAGCUCCUUUGGCAAGGUGUUUCGCAUGAAGCACCUCGCCGAGACCGAGGCCGAAGACGGCGUGUCGUCGCCGACGACAAAGGACGACAGUGAGAAAACGGCUACCAACAACAGCACCACUGCCGACAACCCCGACGGCCCCGACAACAUGUACCGCGGCGCCGCCUACAACACCCACUUCUCGGCCGCCGACAUCAGCCGCUCCCUCCUCUACGCCAUCUCCAACAACAUUGGCCAGAUCGCCUACCUGCAGUCCCAGAUCCACACCCUCGACCGCAUCUACUUUGGCGGCUCCUUCAUCCAGGGCCACCCCCAGACCAUGAACACCCUGAGCUACGCCAUCAAGUUUUGGAGCAAGGGCACCAAGCAGGCCUACUUUCUGCGCCACGAGGGCUAUCUCGGCGCCGUCGGCGCCUUCCUCAAGCGCCAGCCGCGCAACUGGGGCCGCCGCGGCAGUUUCGAGGGCGGCCUGGAGAUGCGCAUGACCGAGCGCCUGCGGGAGGAGCAGCAACGCGCGGGCCCUCUUGCCGACGAGUGA